AUGGCAGCGCCCAACCCCACCACCACCACCACCGCCGCUCGUCCAACCCGGCCGAUGUUGCGACAGACCCUUUCCAGCGCCUCCUUCAUCCAGGACCAUCAGCAGUACAAACCUUCCGCUCCUAUCCAGACCAUCGGCAAUGUGAUUGGCAAUUCCCCCGAGUCGGCGUUCGCUUCGCUGUCUCUCAAAGCUAAUCCCAUUAGCCCGGAUCCCGAGAAGGUGACCGACAGCGGCAUUAUCCACAGCAUCUUCAACCCGCACACAACCUCUUUGCCCACUGGAACCCAGCAGCUGGUUGCAACCAUCUUCUACAAGUCUUCUGAGCCGAUCCACCCCCAUCUGCACCCCGACUCGUCUCCUCAUGCUGGGUCUACUCUCCCCUCCCCCAUGGUGCCCGUUGGUUCCGCCCCGACGGUCGACAUGGAGAAGAUCCCACGGGAGCCCCCCGCGCCGGAGCCGGAGCCGCUCGACCAUCUGUACGGGCCGUUUGUAUCGCAGCUCUGUCUGACCAACUUUCUCCAAAUCAUCGAGUCCCUUCCAACCCCGUAUCAGCGCACUAACACGUCGCACCGCUGCUUGGAUCGUCACGACCAACCCCGCGUUAUCGAAGUCACCUUCUCGCCGCCUCCCAACCCGGAAUAUCUCACCUUCGAGGACCUUCGCAAACACGAGAGUAUCUGGCGCUUCGAGCGUGAAUGGAAUGUCGAAGUCGUGCUCCAGCGGGAGAGUAUCUUCCGCCGGCACAAGCGAUUGGUGGUGUUUGACAUGGAUAGCACACUGAUUCAGAAUGAGGUUAUUGAUGAGAUUGCCAAAUUUAUUGGCGUGGAGAAGGAGGUUUCGGAAAUCACGGCCCGUGCUAUGAACGGCGAACUGGACUUCUCCGCAUCUCUUCGGGAGCGGGUCAGUCUGUUGAAGGGCGUUCCCGCGGACGUAUUCGAAAAGCUGAAGUCCGUAAUCACGAUCUCUCCUGGUGCGCGCGAGCUGUGCAAGGCCUUGAAGACUCUCGGCUGCAAGAUGGCAGUCUUGAGUGGAGGCUUCCAACCUCUGGCGGAGUGGCUGGCCGAACAGCUGGGUCUUGACUAUGCCCACGCCAAUCAUCUUGAGAUCGAUCCUACCACUCAGACCCUGACGGGUAAAUUGGUGCCCACAUAUCCCAUCAUUGAUGCGAGCCAGAAGCGCACACUCCUCCACUCGAUCGCUGCGGAGCACGGAAUCCCCAUCUCCCAGACCGUCGCCGUUGGUGAUGGCGCCAAUGAUCUGCUCAUGUUGCACGCUGCGGGGUUGGGAGUCGCCUGGCGGGCGAAGAGCAAGGUCCAGCUCGAGGCACCGACCCGUCUCAACGGGGAGAGUCUUGUGGAUGUUCUCUACCUCCUUGGUCUGACCAAGGAGGAUAUUGGCGAGCUGAUCGCGUAGUCGGAAUAUACUACCGAGCCUCUGUUGCGGUGGCCCAGCAACUUCGUCACACACUAGUCAGCGGGGCGACGGAUCUGCGCACAUCUCGCCGGGUGCGUAUUCUUCUUUUCUUAUCCAUCGACGGGGACCCACCGUUCGAUAUGUUCCUUCCCCCUUUCACAUUUACCUUUCUUCUACAUAUCUUUUCCUUUUACUCGAACGUUUUGGAUUUGGCAUGUGUAGAUCAGCCCAAACCAAAGCAGCCAUAUCCCUUCUUUCCCUGAACAUGCAAUUGUCAAGCCAAGCGGGAGAUUCAUGCAUUAGAACGAUGACCAAGAGAGCGAGAGAGCGUUACAUGCGGGCGUCGGAGUAGGCAAGGACACAAACGGGCAGGUACAUACU